CAGGGGCGGGGCCUGACAAGACCACUGGGGCCCGGGCGCGGGGUCUCCGCUACAGGAGGAGGAAGAUGGCGCCACGAAGGGUCAGAUCCGGGCUGCGCGGCCGGGCGCCGCCUCUGCUGCUGCUGCUGCUAGCGCUGCUCGGGCCCUGGGCGGCGGAGGGGCACGGCGGCAAGUAUUCGCGGGAGAAGAACGAGCCCGCGGGGGAGUUCCGCAUGGAGAAGCUGAACCAGCUGUGGGAGAAGGCCCAGCGGCUUCAGCUUUCUCCUGUGGAACUGUCUGAGCUCCAUGCUGAUCUGAAGAUCCAAGAAAGGGAUGAAUUCAGCUGGAAGAAAUUGAAGGCCGAAGGCUUGGAUGAAGACGGAGAGAAAGAAGCAAAACUUAUACGCAAUCUCAAUGUCAUUCUGGCCAAGUAUGGUCUGGACGGGAGGAAGGACGCCCGGGCGGUCAGCGGCAACUCCCUCGGCGACGGCACGGAGCAGGAUGGCCUGGAAGACCCCAGGCUGGAGAAGCUGUGGCACAAGGCAAAGACCUCUGGGAAGUUCUCCAGGGAAGAGCUGGACAAGCUGUGGCGGGAGUUUCAGCACCACAAAGAGAAAGUUCGCGAGUAUAAUGUCUUGCUGGAGACCCUGAGCAGAACUGAAGAGAUUCAGGAGAACGCUAUCAGCCCCGAGGACGUGAGCCACAGGCAGGCGGAGGUGCUGGGGGCCAGGCACGUGGAGCUGCAGGACCGGCUGCGGGGCAUCAGUCAGGGCUUCGACCGCCUACGGAAAGUCAGCCACCAGGGUUACGGCGGGGACGCCGAGUUCGAGGAGCCCCGGGUGAUUGACCUGUGGGACCUGGCCAGGUCAGCCAACUUCACUGAGAAGGAGCUGGAGUCGUUUCGGGAGGAGCUGAAGCACUUUGAAGUCAAAAUUGAAAAGCAUAACCACUACCAGAAGCAGCUAGAAAUUUCUCAUCAAAAACUGAAACACGUGGAGAGAUUUGGUGACGAAGAGCACGUCAGCCGGAACAAAGAGCGCUACGCCAUGCUGGAGGAGAAGACCAAGGAGCUGGGCUACAAGGUCAAGAAGCACUUACAGGACCUGUCCAGCCGGGUCUCGAGAGCGCGCCACAACGAGCUGUGACGGGCGUUGCAGUGCAGUCCUGACGACGGGCCACGUGCUCUGGGGGGGCCUCUGUGAGCAGGACCUCGGGAGGGCGAGAUGGGUCCUCAGCAGUGCGGGGUGGCCUCAUGCUGGGGCGCCUGGCGGAGGGUCUGUGAGAUCGCGCCCCAGCUGGCCGCACAAGCAGAGCUGGCGUCCCAGCGGCGGGAACGGGUCCCAGCUGCCCGUGGGGAGGGGGUCCUCCGUGCUCUGACACCAGAGUCAGGCUCUUAUAAAGCUGCUGCUGGGAACACUAUACACCAGU